CUUCAGUGGGUUUGUCUUAACUUCCCGUAGUGAGAUGGCCGUGCAGUCCCCUGCUGGUUCCCGUGAAUUCCUAGCGAGUUCUGUGGACGGUCAGCAGGAGGCGAGACAACUCACCCCAGUCCUUCUCCACACCUACUGGUGAAAAAUAAAAACGCGUUGGAGAACUUUUCCAUGUAGCUGGGCAGCCUGGCUGCCUCCCUGCCUCCAGAUGAAUGAAGAGCACUCCGGAACACAGAGACACUGCUGAUACAGGGCAUGCAGGUGUUUCUGCAAAUAUGAUGAAGAAAAAGAACCCCAAUAAAAAACAUAAGAGUAAUCUGGGUCCGGCCACCAAAGUUUUGUCCCAACCUCGACGUAACAUUGUUGGCUGCAGGAUCCAACACAUCUGGAAGGAUGGGAGUGGACAUGUAGUAUGGAAAGGCACCGUACUCGACCAGGUGCCAGUGAAUCCUUCUCUCUAUCUGAUCAAGUAUGACGGCUUUGACUGCGUGUACGGUCUGGAGCUCCAUAAAGAUGAGAGAGUUCAGGGUCUGGAGGUGCUCCCUGACAGACUUGCGAAAUCCCGCCUGACAGAUAUCAGUCUCGCAGAUGCAAUGAUAGGCAAAGCGGUGGAACACAUGUUUGAGACGGAGGAGGGUCCAAAGGAGGAGUGGAGGGGGAUGGUGCUGGCCCGGGCUCCCAUCAUGACCACCUGGUUUUAUAUAACCUAUGAGAAAGAUCCUGUCCUUUACAUGUACCAGCUGCUGGACGACUUUAAAGAAGGCGACCUCCGCAUCAUGCCUGACUCUAAUGACAGUGUCCCAACAGAGAGGGAACCAGGUGAGGUGGUGGACAGUUUGGUGGGUAAACAGGUGGAGUACGCCAAAGAGGACGGAGGCAAACGAACAGGCAUGGUCAUCCACCAGGUGGAGGCCAAGCCGUCUGUCUACUUCAUCAAGUUUGACGACGACCACCUCAUUUACGUCUACGACUUGGUCAAAACUUCGUAAGACUUGGCCGAUAUCCCCAUCCCGUCAUCCUGUCAUCCCAUCUCCCAGGACAGAGUGGAUAAAAAAAAUGACACCCACAUCCUGAUCCAGUACAUGUUCUGCACACCCUUAAAGGCCUUGGGGGUGUUCUUUCCAUACUAUUUCAGUUCUACUUUGAAAAAGUCAGCAUUUCGGUCAUUAUGUAAUCCAAGCGUAUCACAACAUCAUAUAACUUGUCGUCGUACUCACGCAUCAGGCGCCGGUAAUAUCCCGUAACUCAAGCUCAAGAAAACAGACGCUUGUGUUAUCAUUUCAGAAUCUGGACAUGAGAGACAACCCAUGAUGUCCUUGACAAAAUAUUUGCACAAAGUAUUAGUAUUACCCUCACAGUUAUGGCCUUGAAAUCUUCAUUUAAGGUCACAUGCAGUAGAAUACAGAAAUCUAAAUGAUGCCAUACCAAGCCCUAAACAAUGUAAUGUAAUGUAUUUUAAUGACAUUAUUGACAAUUGACAAUAUACCAGACCUGCCAACAUGCAUUAGUACUCUUUGCUGCUCUGCCGGUACACAUUUUGUUUCAUUUGUCACUGAAAAUAUUGCAAGGUCAAUAGUGUGGCGUGCACCUCCAAAAAAAUCCUCGAGUUGCGGCGAUGCGGACCGUUGUGUUUGGUCAGCUUGUAGAAUAUCAUUUCCUGUUUCCUAUUUCCACCUCGGUGAAUGACUUUUCCUUCAGUUGUGGAUCAACAUUUUAAAAAAAUACUGAAAAAUACUGUCACAUUGGUUAAUCCAGCCGCAAUAACACGCCCCUUUUCUCUUUAAUUACCAUUGCUCACUCGCUUGAAGGAAGCUAACAAGCUAAAUAGACUAGAGUUACCCUGAUAAAGACCAAUUAAAGCACGGGUGUCCAAAGUAUAGCUUUGGAGCCACCAAAAAAAAACUUGCGAAAAUAAGAAAAAUACAGCAAAAUGUAACAAGAAGAAGCAUAUUCAAUGAGACACACAAGCAUCAGACUUGGUCGCCGUUACAACAGGUUUUAUAUUGCCGGUUUGAAUGAUCCGGCACGAUAAUCCCUAACGCGGGCCACUGUCGCUGCUGUAACCCUAGUAAAACGCUGUAAAACUCUAGGGCUCUAUAGGGGUGUUAGUCCAUGUCGAGAGGGCUCUAAUAAUGUUAGAAACCAUAUUUGUAAACAGGUUGCACUAUGCUCUAACAAUGAAAAUAUUCAAUUUAUGAAUAAGGAGUCCUAUAUCCCCUAUUAUAGUGCUCGCUUGAGGCGGUGUACUCAUAAAAUGUCUUCACGGUUGGCAGGGCUGAUUUACAAAUUUAGCAGAUUAUCAGUAAUAUAUACUGUAUAUACAGUCAAAAUAAUCAGAGUAAUUCUACCUUAAUUAGGCCUCUAUUUUGAAACACCCUUUGCACCUCUGUUUUAGCCCUUAAAGGGAACUGCACUUUUUAAAAAAAUUGUGCCCAUCAAUCGCAAUCCCAAUGUGAAACAUGAACAUCUGUGCAUUCCAGCGCGAGAAAACGAGUUUAUUUCAGCGAAUGUACAAUGCUGUCUUUGGGAAACACCUCUUUCGACUAUGAAUCCCUCUAAAAAAAAACAUCGAACAAUGUUGCGUGGUUUCAUAUACUACACGCUGAUGCCAACGUGGAAUAGUUGCAGUGUCGUAAACACGACCGAAACGUCUUUUCUCGGCGCAUUGAUACUAGGUAGCUAUGGUAACUAUGGUCAUUUACAGACGGAAGAGUGGAUACCGAGCUCUUAAUUUCACCACAAAGACUCCAAAAGAUGCUUGUUUGCUGAAAGUAUUUUUUACCUGAGGACUGAAGCACACGUCUUAUGUUGGAACACAAUGAGAGCGGAGAUUGUAAGUGUUGUCGCCGUUGUUGUUGUUCACAUAGCUAGCAUAACUUUGUGUAUCAAUCCGCCGAGAAAAUAAGUUUUGGCGGUGUUUUAAAUCAUCAAAAUACCUAAAAAUACUGCAACUAUUACUUGUUAUCAUUAAUGUAUAUCAUCAGUGUACGUGUUUAACGAAUGAUCACAGCGUGUAUAUCAAACGGUGCAACGUUGUUAAAGGUUUUAUUAAGAGGAAUUCAUAGUCGAAAUAGGUGUGAGCCAAUGACAGCAUUGUAAGCUAGCUGAAAUAAACACGUUUUCUGUUCAAAUGUACAGAAAAGGGAAAUCAAUAUUUGUUAAUGUUUCACAUAGGGAUUGUGAAUGAUGAGCAAAAUUCUCCCAAAAAGUGCUGUUCCCCUUUAAAAAGCUUUUCACUUCAUGAGGGUUGAUUGUAUGUACUACAUUUGCCAUCUAACGGUGAAACACUUGUUAUCAUCCGGAAUGACGAGUGUUUGGCAAACGUUUCUAUAAAAAUAUGACAGGGUGUUUUGUGCUUUAUUGUCAGAAAUGGGCUUUCAUUUGACUUGAAGGGAAGAUAAGACAAAAAACCACAAGGAAUGUGUAAGGCAUUCUAACUGCAGAUAAAACGGGACAAGGAAUUUAUGAAAGGCUGACGAUUGAUCAUAUUAAAACUGGAUAUCUCAACAACAGAGCGGGAUUUUGUACAGAAAAAGGCCUUGUAGUAAAAACUUCAUUCAAGAGUGCAAUGGAAACCUCAUCUUAAAACGUCUGCGGUUGAAAAAAAUUGGACUUUUUUCCUGCUUUUAUCAUUGCCAAAACCGCUUUUUGAUGUGGAUUUUUAUUUUAGGUGUUGCAGGUAGUGUUUGUUAUGAUUUGACUUAUGCCUUUACGUAUGCGUUCAUGUUGUACUUACAAUGAAGGAGUCUAACACCAGAAACAAAACAACACUUUGUCUUUGUGUAAUAGUUUGUGACUUCAAUUUCUGCGCUUCCUCCAGUUCAACUUGUUUGAAGACAGUUAUGCAUUUUUGCUGUUGAAAUUCAAGGCAAAGGCCAUUUUGUUGCUCCCACCAAGCGGGAAAGAAGAUAACACGGACUGUUCAUGUAAUGCCUUCAAUGAAAAUGGUGACCAGCCUGAUGUCUGUGUUGAAAGUUGACACGGAAGGGUUUCGUUUUCAGUUUCUUCGUGCCAUGGAUACAGUAGAUCAGGGGUGUCCAAAGUGCAUUUUUUAAAAAUGGGCACUCGUCUUGUGGGACUACAAUGUCUGUUGUCGUCUAAUCUGCAUAAUUGACUAUUACCUAUUUCUAUGUAAUUGUUUUGUCAUUUGUAAUGUCACAAACACAACUCCUGCUCGUUUUUGUGAUGUGACUUUGUUUCAGUGCUAUGAGAUGCAGAAAGUAUAAACAAGAAAAAUGUCACUGAUCCCUCCUGUUACAUCUUAUUAUUCUGUGCUAUGUUACACAGACACUCCCAAUAUAAAGUGUUUAUCAGUAAGGGCAAACAGGGUGAAAGUAUUGGAAUGUAUGGGAAACAUUGAGAGAUGUUGUUGGAAAUUAGUCUUGACACCACAUAAAGCUAAGAUGCAGAUUAGCUUCAAAUCGCUUAGCGUACUUGGAUUGUUCUGUACGGGUUUUGGACACCCCUGCAAGUGUAGCUGUAUUAUGCAUGAUACAAACUCAUCAAUCUGGAAAUGUUUCUUUUCGAACCAAAUUCCAGAUGUCUUUCAAUUUUGUAUUUGUAUUUCUGUCCACCAUUUUUUUGAGAGAUGAUCUUGUUCUAUAAUCCCAAAUAUGCUCGUAAUGUAUAGUGAAGAAUUGAAAAGGAAAAGCGAGGGAAGGAGUCGUUAUUGAAAGUCAAUCAGAUAGAUGGUGGAGGAAUGCAUGUGCAGAUGUAAAAACUUCAUUUUGUGGACUUCCUGUGAUGUAGAUAGUUGCCAAAGCAGAUAGACGACAGCCGUUAUUAUUAAUAACUGCGCAAAAAAGAAGCAGACUCCGAGACGUUUAUGUGUACGUAUAUAGUAUGAUCAUCUCAACACGCACUGUUUGAAUUGGUUAUGACACGUGACAUUGUGAAAACACAUUUUGGCAGCAAUGUUACAGUGGGUUCAUUUUGCAGUUACUGAUUAUCGUUGUUGAUGUCGGAAUGACAUGGGCUUUUUCUAUCAUCCUGCUUUGUAUUUUGUUUUUUGUAUGAUUAAAAUGGUAUGUUCAUUUUUA